CCUAGUUUGUUUCUGCCAUAUAUCUCAUCAAAAGCCCUAGCCGCUCACAGAAACACAACACAGCAGUAACAACAUGGGUGCGUAUACGUAUGUUGGGGAGCUAUGGAGGAAGAAACAGUCAGAUGUGAUGAGGUUUAUGCAGCGUGUCAGGUGCUGGGAGUACCGUCAGCUUCCAUCCAUUGUCCGUGUCACCCACCCGACCCGACCCGAUAAGGCUCGCCGCAUGGGCUACAAAGCCAAACAGGGUUAUGUGAUUUAUCGUGUACGUGUGAGACGUGGUGGAAGGAAGAGGCCAGUGCCUAAGGGUAUUGUGUAUGGAAAGCCAACUAACCAGGGGGUUACUCAAUUGAAAUUUCAACGUAGCAAGAGGUCUGUUGCUGAGGAACGAGCUGGAAGGAAGUUGGGCGGUCUCAAAGUUCUCAACUCAUACUGGCUGAAUGAGGAUUCUACCUACAAGUAUUUUGAGGUCAUCUUGGUGGACCCUGCCCAUGCUGCUAUCCGUAACGAUCCACGCAUCAACUGGAUCUGCAACCCGGUUCACAAACAUAGAGAGCUUCGUGGACUCACAUCAGCUGGUAAGAAGUACAGAGGUCUCCGUGGCAAGGGACACUUGAACCACAAGCAACGACCUUCAAGGAGGGCAACCUGGAAGAGGAACAACACUCUGUCUCUACGUCGUUACCGUUGAUAACUUCUUGCUUUAUUAUAUGGUGGUAUCUGGUGUUCUUUCUGUAGUUUUAAGCUUCUGUUUUGAGGAUAUUAAAUAUUGCCGUUAUAGGCACCAGUUGUUUUUGGUUAAGGAUGGUCAGAACCAAGUAUUCAGUUUGAUGUUUGAGAUAUUUGAUUGCAUUUCUGCA